AUGAGUGAGAGGCGGGUGGUGGUGGAAGCCCCCGCCAGUACCACCUCCAGCAUGGCCCUCCAGAGACGCCGGCCAUCCUUUGGAGGGACUCCGUCAUCAUCUCCCCUAGAGAGUACCCCGAGCUCCAGGGUCAAUGUCAGGGGUGACCUGAUCCGAUCACCUGUGACCUACGCAGGGCUGCUGCCCGCUGGGUGCAUAGGCAACCCCGGUGCCCGUGUGACCUGCCGGGCGCUGGGCAUUAGCAGUGUCUUCUUACAAGGCCUGCAGAGCACGGGCCUGGCCGCUGUGCCCGCGGCGGGUCUCGAAGGGGACCACGGUGCUGUUGAGGACUUGGGGGGCUGCCUGGUGGAAUACAUGGCCAAGGUGCGCGCCCUGGAGCAGGUCAGCCGGGAGCUGGAAGCGGAGCUCCGGAUGCAUAUGGAGAGCAGGGCCACAGCCUCCGGAGGCUGGGGGGCCCUCCGAACCUCCUGGGCUAGCAGUUGCCAGCAGGUGGGCGAAGCUGUCUUGGAAAACGCCCGGCUCAUGCUGCAGACAGACAACAUCCAGGCAGCAGCGGAUGACUUUAAAGAAAGGUACGAGAAUGAACAGCGAUUUCGAAAGACGGCCGAAGAGGAAAUUAACUCCCUGUAUCAAGUCAUCGACGAAGCCAAUGUGGCCAAAAUGGAUCUGGAGAGUCAAAUUGAAAGCCUGAAGGAAGAACUUGGCUUUCUCUCGAGGAAUUAUGAAGAGGAUGUGAAGGCUCUGUACAAGCAGUUGGCAGGAUCUGAGCUGGAGCAAGUCGACGUUCCUAUUGGCACUGGUCUGGACAACAUUCUCGAGACCAUCAGGAUUUGCUGGGAGAAAGAUGUCGAAAAGAACCGAUUGGAGGCAAGAGCCUUGCUUCAGGCCAAGCAGCAGGUUGGAGCGAGCCACAAGGCCCAGACCCAGGAAGAGAAGCUGGCGGCCGGCCUCAGGGUGGAUUUACACAACACUUCCUGCCAAGUCCAGAGCCUUCAAGCCGAGACGGAAUCCUUGCAGGCCCUGAAGAGAGGCCUGGAGAACACCUUGCAUGACGCCAGGCACUGGCACGACAUCGAGCUGCAGAACCUGGGUUCCGUGGUGCGCAGGCUGGAGGCCGAGCUCCGGGACCUCCACGCGGAGGCCGAGCAGCGGCAGGAGGAGCGCGCGCAGCUGCUGGCGCACAAGGGCCGGCUGCAGAGGGAAGUGGAGGCCUACCACGGCCUGCUGGACCGCGAGGAGGCCCGGUACUGCCCCUUCUUCUCCCGUCACAGUGGGAGCGCAUCCUCGGCGCUUUAA